AUGAUUAAAUACCGUCAUUGUCGUAUCGUUGCGGGAAAACAAGGUGGUCAAUGUAACAGCGACUGUCCGAACAUAGGCACUUGCUUACAAUGUAAUCAGUUUAAUGGUCAAUGUUUGAAAUGUUCUAAUGGAUUAUAUGGAAGACUUUGUGAUAAAAUAUGUGGACAUUGCCAGUCGGACAGUAAAGGAGUCGUGGUAUGUGACAUUGACACUGGAAAUUGUCCAUACGCUUGUGCUAAUGGUUACUAUGGUAGUAACUGUAACCAGGAAUGCAGCGGCAACUGUCUUGACUCAGUUUUAAACACAGACUUGAGUACAUGCGACAAAGAAUCGGGACACUGUAAUUUUGGUUGUGUACCAGGUCGGUACGGAGGCGUUUGUGAAUAUAACUGUAAUGAUACUUGCCGAAGGGUCAGUUGUGACAGCAAAAUGGCACAAUGGUUUUCUAGAUCAGAUCAAACUGAAACUUCAAAUAAUUUGUUUACGAUUGUGGGAUGCCUAAUUGGAAGUUUCAUAAUACUUUUUAGUGCAGUUACGAUAUGGUUUAUAAAAAGAGGAGUAUGUAGUGGCAAAUGUUUUAAUAGCAAAUGUAAUUCUGAAGUGUCGUUCCCAGUGACAACCGCACCUUUUUUCGAUGGUGAUAGUGAGGAUUUAGGUAACACAGUAGAAAUUUAUCACCAUAUUAUUGAUACUGAUCAUUCACACCAAACUGGAUCCGGUUCAAGCAGCAAUGAUUAUGAUGAAGUUCAGUGAUCAUCAAGUCGACAGUAGUAGCAAUUUAGCACAGUAACGAACAGUGACCAUUUAACAAACCUUAGAAGUGUUCUAUUUUCUGAACCUGGUGUAAAUGAAAGAAAUGGUACGUCAGAGACCAAACAAUGCAAAACCAUACAAGGCAUAUCGCUGUUGAAUACACACUGUCAUUGCUUCCCAGUCAAAGGAAAUACAUCCCGCAAUACCGCAUAUCUGCGAACUGAAGAAUGUUUAGUACAUGAUUGAAGCAACAUCCUUGAAUAUGCAGAUGGCAAUUAUUCAAAUGCUAGUACAGGAUGUUGCCUUAUAGAUAAACCUUUCCAAACAGAAAAUACUUGUAUUUCAAGAAUCUGUAUUAACGUGUCUGAAAACUGUGCUAGUACAUGUCAUUCCGUUCGGAAUAACCCUAUCCGCAAGGCUUGUUCCAACACUUUGUGUAAGACAACAAUGGUUUCAGACACUAUUGUUAAUAGUCUGAACACGAAGCACGAAGACAAUACAGAAAUGCAAGUGGAAAAUGAGCACUUCAAAGAUGAGACAGGCGCAGUUUAUUUACAUCCAGUCCACUAAUGGAGUCAUUAAUUAGGCGUAAAAGACAAGACUCUUAACGUGAUCACAUGUUGAGCUAUAAUUGAUAUUUUAAAGCGUGUAAUAAAAUUAAAUAAUUUUACUGGUUCAAGUAGAAAAGAAACAAGAAAUAUGACACAUGAUUGUAGCAUUUUUCAUAACGAAACCUUUACACAUCAGACCUUAAAUUGCUGUCUUUCUACGUAACUGAACUGUCGAUGAAAGUGUAACUAAUUUGAUCUGGAAUUUUAAGGUACAACACGAGAUUUCAAUUAAAAACAGUUAUUGUUGAAAUCUAUCUCACAAUAUGUACAUGUAUGUAUAGUAUAUGCAUGAAAAAAAGAAAGAAAUAUGACACAUAGUUGUAGCAUUUUUCAUAACGAAACCUAGAUCAGAACCUUAAAUUGCUGUCUUUCUACGUAACUGAACUGUCGAUGAAAGUGUAACUAGCCUGACCUGGAAUUUAAGGUACAACACGAGAUUUGAAUUAAAAACAGUUAUUGUUGAAAUGUAUCUCACAAUAUGUACAUGUAUGUAUAGUAUAUGCAUGAAAAAAUAAAACUUCACAAUUGUUU